AUGAAUGUGCGCGCGACGCACGCGCGCGCGCGCGCGCGCGGCGACGGCGCGCGACGUAAGAGCGUCGAACGUCCCGGCGCGCGCCUCGAGCGCGUUCGAACGUCGACGCCUCGUCGCCGCUCGCGCGUUCACGCGGCCGCGAACGCGGUCGAGCGCUCGCGUGAGGAUGAUUGGGAUGAAGAUGCAUCUACGGAGCGCUCGAGUGAGGCGAACGUACCGGAGACGACGGAGGACGGGUCGGUCAUCGAUGCGCCAGGGGAGACGGAGGAAGCCGAGGCGAGCGUGCGGGACUUGGCGAGGUUCACUCUGCCCACGAUGGCGAUCUGGCUGUGCGAUCCGUUGUUGUCGUUGGUAGAUACGAGCGUGGUCGGGACGUUCGCGGGAACGUUAGAGCUCGCAGCGAUCGCGCCGGGGUCGGUGUACGCCGGGUACCCGGCGUACCUGCUGUGCACCGGGUUCGCAGUGGCGACGACGAGCAUGGUCGGGCAGGAUCGUCUGACGGAGGCGAGGCUAGAUCGAGAGGAUGAGGCGGAGCGGACGGUGAGCGCGGCGGUGUUGAGCGCGUCAGUAGCGGCGAUUUUAGGGGGAGCGCUCUUGGUGGGGGUGAUGAAGCCUGCGCUCUCGGCGUACGUGGGGGCAGCAAAUGUGGCGCUGAUGCCGUACGCAAGCGCGUACGCGUUCAUUAGAAUAUUGGCACUGCCGGUGGGAUGCGUCAACGCAGUCGUUGAGGCGGCGUUUUUGGCCGUGCGCGAUCCGUGGACGCCGCUCAAGGCUGUGACGCUGACGACGGUGUUGAACCUCGUCCUCGAUGUGAGCUUCGUCGCGGGGUUCGGGUGGGGGGUCGCCGGCGCCGCCGCGGCGACGAGUAUGUCGCAGGUGAUUACGAUGGUGCUUCUUCUGCAGGCGCUCGUGCGUAGGGGAUCUCAGGUGGACGAGAUGAAGAAGUUACUCAAGUCGAGACAGUUUAGGGAUCCGCGCACGGUGAAGAACACGGGCGCCCCCGCGCUGAGGCUGCCUUUCCAGAAGCCCAGGCCGGGAUUUUACACUCGAUUGAGAAAAAUAUCGGUCCCGGUAAUGGUUGUGGCUCUGAUCAAGUGCAUCUUUGUCGGUUGGAUUGUGCGCUCGGCUACAGCGAUCUCUCCGGAGGCGUCGGCGGCGAAUGGAGUGCUCUUAUCGGUGUACUUCUUCUUCGCCGUCGUGGGUGAGGGCGUUAGUCAGGCGGCGCAGACAUUCUUGCCGGCGCAACUUGGGAAGUUUAAAAAGGCUCUGCAGCUGUCGUUCCGUAUACUGAUCGUGUCGAUGGCCAUCGGCGUCUUCAACGCCGUGCUCAGCGGUUUGCUCCCGACGUUGUUGCCACAGAUGUUCACCAAGAACGCGGCGGUGGUUGAGCUCAUGCUUCAAGCCGUCCCGUUCAUGUCUCUGUCGUUGCUCGCGCACACCGCGUCGAUGGCGAGCGAGGGAUGUCUUCUUGCUGCUCGAGACGGCGUCUUCAUGUCACUGUCGUACAUCCCAAACGCGGCGCUCAGCUGCAUCACACUCGCCGUGUUGCAGGCAGCCGAUUUUGGCGUUCGCUCGUCCUGGAUCGCUCUGUUCCAGUUCCACUGCGUUCGCCUCGUCAUCAACGCCGUCCGCCUCCGCUUCGGCCCGUCACCGCUCAAGCGUGCGCUCGUGCUCCCAAUGCGAGCCAUCGAGCUCGGAAAGUCGGAGGAACCCUUGGCCUCGAUCGACGGUUCUACUCGGACGAUCCCGAACGCGUCGUGA